GUGUGUUCAACUUUCACCAACAGGCCAAACUCAGGAUUUCAACAGAAAGACCACAUAAAGAGAAUACUGGGAAUACUCGAAAGACUGGGAUUACUGGUACAGUACUACUUCCGCAUUCUGCUAUAAGGAACAGUUUUUAAAGGAGCUACAAUUCAAAGUGAAAGUAACUUUCAGAAAACCUUUGAGACUAAAGAACUUCUUCUAUUUGCUGUUUUCUGCUUCAACAAGAGUGAAAAUGUUUUCUCAAUCAGAAAAUGAUCUCUCCUGUCCUGUCUGUCAUGACAUCUUUAAAGAUCCACUUGUCCUGACAUGCAGCCACAGCUUCUGUAAAGACUGUCUGAAGAACUGGUGGAGAGAGAAACAAACUCGGGAAUGUCCCGUUUGUAGGGAAAGAGCUUUAUCAAGUGAGCCGCCUCGUAACCUGGCAUUAAAGAAUCUGUGUGAGGCUUUCUUACAGGAGAGAGAUCAGAGAUCUUCAGCAGGGUCUGAGCCUCGCUGCAGUCUACACUCUGAGAAACUCAGACUCUUCUGUCUGGACCAUCAGCAGCCAGUGUGUGUCGUCUGUCGAGAUUCAAAAACACACAACAACCACAGAUUCAGACCCAUUGAUGAAGCUGCACAAGAUCACAAAGAGACGCUCCAGAAAUCCCUGAAGCCCUUACAGGAGAAACUGAAAGUAUUUGAAGAUUUUAAAGGAAACUUUGAUCAAACAGCAGAAUACAUUAAGGUCCAGGCCAGAGACACAGAGAGGCAGAUUAAGGAACAGUUUAAGAAGCUUCACCAGUUUCUACAACAGGAAGAGGAGGCUGGGAUCAUUGCUCUGUGGGAGGAAGAGGAGCAAAAAAGUCAGAUGAUGAAGGAAAAGAUUGAGGCUCUGAGCACAGAGAUAGCAGUUCUUUCAGACACAAUCAGAGUCACAGAGGAGGAGCUGAGAGCUGACGACGUUUCAUUCCUGCAGAACUACAAGGCUGCAGUGGAAAGAGUCCAGCAGUGCCCCCUGCUGGAUGAUCCAGAGUUGGUCUCAGGAGCUCUGAUAGAUGUGGCCAAACACCUGGGCAACCUGACCUUCAACAUCUGGAACAAGAUGAAGGAGGUGGUCUCCUACACUCCUGUGAUUCUGGAUCCAAACACUGCUCAUCCAGACCUCAUCCUGUCUGAAGAUCUGACCAGUGUGAGACGUGGAGAGAGACAGAAACUUCCUGAAAACCUAGAGAGGUUUGACCAUCAUCCCUCUGUCCUGGGCUCACAAGGAUUUAAUUCAGGGACUCACAGCUGGGAUGUGGAGGUCAGAGAGGAUCAAAAUUGGGGUGUGGGUGUGGUAAAUGAAUCUGUUGGACACAGGGGACAAAUACUGGCUAGAUACUGGGAAGUGUGUCUCCUUAAUGGAGAAUACACAGCAGUCUCUCCACCACUCUCUGAUAAAGUUCUCUCAGUGAAGAAGAAGCUGCAGAGGAUCAGAGUUCAUCUGGACUACAACAAAGGAAAACUGUAUUUCUUUGAUCCUGAAACUGACACACACAUACACACCUUCACACACACUUUUACUGAGAGACUGUUUCCUUACAUUGCUACUUUGAAUGAACUCCCAAUGAAGAUAUUACCAGUUACAGUCUCUGUAACAACAGAGCAGCACACAGUCCCUUCAUUUACUGGCUUGUGGCCUUUUCUCCACAGGUAA